UUGUGUUACAGAGUGCUACAGAGUCGGCAAUCGGCAUUCGGCAGUUCUUCGAUCUUCGGUAGUUCAGUCUACUUGAGUUGAGUUGUUAAGUCUAAACUACUACUAUUGAACCACUUAACAUUAAACAGUAAUAUCAGUAAACACUUUAAUAGUCUUUAAUAGUAAUUGCUAAUCGGCAGACGGUUUCUUCCGAGUUCCGGAGAAUGGACAUUAAUCGUUAUUGUCGAUUACACUUGUUUAAAGAUGAAUUAUUAAGUUAUCAUGUUGUUUGACGUUUAUUAAAUAUUGUUUAAAGGUUUUUUUUAUUUUAUUAUUCCUGUUUUACGUGUAUUGUUUUGAUAAUUAUUAUAUCGAUAAUUUUAAACUACAUUAUGGUUUUUCAAUAAACAAUUUAAUACUUUUAAUUGUACGCUAAUAGUUUUGUUAAUUCUAUUACCAGUUCUACUUCUAAAUCAUAAUCAUAAUGAAUAAAUCUAAAGAUAAUGAUCAAACAUUUGUAAUUAAAAUAUUGGACGAUUUGCGAUCGAAUAAUAAUCGGACAAAGUCAUCGGGGAUGAGAUAUGAUACCAGCAUGAUGUCUUCAAAUGAUUCAUUGUUACUAUCAAAUAAACGACGACGAUCUUGCAGUCCUGAUCUACAAGAAUCUAUACUCACACCUAUAACUUCACCGUGGGAAUCUCGUCGCAUAAAACAAGAGUUGAUUAAUGCUCGUGCAGAAAUUGCUUCACUCCAAGAAAGAAAUAAGACUCUUUUCAAUCUUAAAAAAGAAUCUGAUAUUUUAUUUGAAAAAGAAAAGUCUGCUUUAGAACACAACAUCAAUAAAUCAAAAUUAACGAUUGAUCAGUUGGAUAACAGGCUUAAAGAAAUCAGAUACGAAAAAUCAAAUCUAAAAGAAGAAAAUGAUAAUUUAAUGAAAAAACUUGAGUCCUUAAUGGAAGAAAACCGGCAUUAUACAUCAAAUCUGGAAAAAGAAAAUAAGGAACUUGAAGAUAAACUAACCAGCGUGACUUUAGAGCUUACAAAAUACCAAAAUGAAAGUGCAUCAAGAAAUUGUACCGAUUAUGAAUUAAAUGAACUAAAAAAAACUCUACGAUCAAAUGAAAAGUACAUUGAAGAAUUAACCAGCAAUUUAAGAAAAAAACAAAUUGAAAUUAAUACAUUGGAAAAUGAUCAAGUCAAAAUGAACACUGCUAAUCAAAGAAUUAAAUGUUUGGAAAAUGAAUUAGCUUCUUUACAAGAAAGUGCUAUGGUAGUUAACGCCCAACGAGAAAAAUUGAAACGGUUUAAUUCUAUGGAAAAUGAACUCAUUUCAUUAAGAGAAGAAGUAGCUAUUUACAGAAAUGAUGUAAAGCAAACAGAAAUUUUGGAAAAUACAGUCGCUACUUUAGAAAGUAAAUUAAACAAACAUGAGUUAAUUGAAAAAGAAGCUAUGCAAUUGCGAUCAAGUUUAGCAGUUAGUGAAGAUCGUUUGAAAACAUGGAUAGAUGUUUGUCGAGAAGUCUGUGAAAAUGUUACUGAAACUCAGUGUUAUCCAGAAUAUUUGCGUUACUAUGUUGACAAUCUAAAAAAAAAAGAUCUAUUAUUAGUCAAUGAGAAAGGAGAAUUACAAACCAGUAUUGCUCGAUUGGAAUUAAAACUUAAGCAGAUGGAAGUUAUGUUGCUUAAAGCAAGAGAACAACUAAUUAUUGGAACAAAUAAUAAUAACAAAAAUGAAUUAACCAUUAAACGGUUAAAGAAACAAAACUACAUUAUUACAUGGGAACGCAAUGAUUUGAGAGAACUUUUAGAUUCAUUUCAAAAAGAAGUAACUGUCAUAGGCAAUAUAAAUGGCGAAGAUACUAGAAUUGAAGUAUUAGAAAAAGCUAUAAAUGGUUACAAAUUGCGUAUGAAUCAAAUUGAGACAGAUCCAUCUAUGUAUGUGCCAAUUGAUAAUAAUAAACGCUGGAUAGAUGAAAAAAAUUUACUUUUAAAAGAAAAAGAAGAACUUGUUGAUAAAUAUAAACAAUUGGAAGCCAAAUGUAUUGAUUUAAAUGAUCAAAUAGAUCAUAGAGCUUUGAAAGGAGAUUUUAACUUAAAAGAAACUAAAGUGUUACAUUUCAAAAUGAAUCCUGCAUCCGAAGGAUUUAACCAUUAUCAAAAUGAAUUAGCCAAAGCUAAGCAAGAAAUAGAAAAAUUAAAGGAACGAAUUAAAGCUAUGCAGGAAGGUAUUUCUAUGAAUCUGACACAAGUAGUAGAUAAUAGAGUUGAAACAAAUGCAUCUCAGGAAGUAGAAGGACUUAAAGAAAAAUUAAAAUCUCAAGAAAUUCAAAAUCAAAGGCUACGUGAAGUUUUCAAAAAGAGUAGUCAAGAAUUUAGAGAGUCCGUUUACACAUUGUUAGGUUUUAAGGUUGAUGGACUUCAGAAUAAUAUGUAUAGACUAACAAGUCAAUUUGCUUUUCAUGAGGAAGACAACUUAAUGUUCCAAUUAAAUGAAGGUUCAAUGCAUUUGCUAGAAACUCCUUUUUCAAAAACUAUUGAAGAAAUGAUAGCCCUACACCUUGGCCAACAACGUUCAAUACCAGUUUUACUAUCUAGUCUGACUAUUGACUUGUUUAGUAAGCAAAGUAUGAUCAUGACUGCUGAUUCGACAAGGCUUGAAUCAGCCAUCAACUAGACUAAAAAUUCAACAUGACUUGAAAUAGCCAUCUAUCAAUAUUUAUUUUUAGAUAAAUGUAUAAAUGUUAAAUAUAACUAUUUUUUUUAUUUUCAAGAAUUUACAAGAACUCUGAAUCCAGACUUAAAAAAAAAAAAAAAAUCUUCUAUGUAUAAUAAUAAUAUUAUAUUGUUUGACUUGCAUCAAAAAAUACUUUAUAAAUGUUUGCAUUACAUAUUAUUAUUAAAUAAAUUAUUUAAUCAAUAAUACAUUCAACCA